AGAGAGAGAUAGCGCGAGCGAGAGCAUGCGGCCGGAAGUGGAGUACAGUCCGGUCGGUGAGGGGCUCGGGAUGCGGGAGUACUGGCUGUACGCGUGCAUGCGCAAAAUCGCUCUCGUGGCCGCGCAUUGUGUCGCUCUGGGCUUCACCGCGCUGAUCGGCGUCCUGUCCCGCCCGGGAACAAGUCUCUUCUCUUGGCACCCGCUCUGCAUGUCACUCGGGUUCUGUGUGUGCAUGACGCAGGGGAUCCUGCUCUUCUCGUCCGAGGGUUCUCCGUGCUGCUUCAAAUCCCGUAACGGGAAGAUCCGCAUGCACUGGUUCCUACAGGUGCUGGUGCUGGUUUUCGCAGCCGCCGGCCUCGGCUUCAUGGUUGCCAGUAAGAAGAGAAUGGGACACCCGCACCUUCAGACGUGGCACAGCCUACUGGGCAUCGGGACGCUGUUGGCAACGGUGCUGCAGGCAGCCUGCGGUGUGUGUCUGCUCUUCCCUAAGCUUAUCCAGUCGGUUUCCGUGCCCCGGCUGCGACUCUACCACGCAACCUGCGGCCUGGUGGCCUACCUGCUGGCCACCGUCACCGUCACCGCUGCGUUAUUCAGCGACUGGUUCGAGGGCACCGUCAAGGGGCCGAUUUGGUACGCCUUCCUACUCCUGCCUCCCUUCCCGGCCCUGGUGGUGAUGAACCAAAUCACGAACACCUUCCUGCCUAAGAAGAAGCUAACGACGUGAACCAUCAAACUGACACUAUAGAAAAAGAUGGUUUAUAUACACUAGUUUGGGACUUAAGUUAACUUUAUUUAAGAGAUCCAAAAUGGACGACUCUAACCGAAGGUUUAAUGACACGAGUUUACAAGUUGUGCAAUGCAACGUUGAGGUUCUGAAGAAUUUAGUUAUAUUCCAGAAUAAUAUAAUUCUCUCUCUUAUUUUUAUCAUCACUAAGACUUUCUGUUGUGGGUAUUAAAACGUUUAACAACCAGGCACAAGCUAACUAACUACACGUCUUAAACACACCUCAUGUUUUAUUGUAAGACUCGGUAUGCCGUUACACUAGCGUGACGUAACUCCUGUAGAAAAUCCUUGCACAUUUUUACAUUUUAAGGUGUUAUUAUAUACUUUUGUGAGUUUCCUUGAAGAGACGGUACUUUUGGUACAUUUGUAGACGGAAUUCGGUCUGUACUUUAACAGCUCUUUCGUGCUUCCACUUGAACGUGUGUCGAUAUUAAGUUUUUUUUUCCCUAUAACGUUAUAGUACAGGAAAGAGUUUUCGCUCUAAGUUAGACUAAGUUUAAUUUGUCACGUUUGCUUUACUUUUACACGAUGACCAGGAUUAUCUUAUCCUCAAUAUUUGUGCGGCUGCAUUUGUAUUUCUGGUGUAUUUCUUUGAGAACUGAUCAUCCCAUCUGAGACAAAUGUUGAUUUUAUUGGCAUUGUUAAUAGUUUUCAGUCACGGAUUUUACACGGUCCCUAUAAAACACGAGUUAAUAUCUAACUGUAUUGGUAAUCCAAGCUGCCUUGGUGUGUUGGUUUAAAGUGGUGGGCCAGUUAGCAAUAUUUCGAAGCACAUCCAGUGAAAAUGGGAGAAAAAAUUGAGAGAACUCAUUCAUUCCAAGGGUACAACCAUCACAGAACGCA